GCACAGCCCUCCUUCCAAUUGCUGGAGAGAGAGGGGGAGUGAGAAAGAGAGAGAGUUUAAGGCAGCUCUGCACUGGUGUUCUGGGCUAUUUCAACUUCAGGGCAACUUUAGAGAACUUCAGUUAUUUUUGGUUCUGGACGACAGCUGAGACCGGCCGAGCCUCCAGGAGAUGCUGAUGCUGAUGCAGAUGCAGAGGAUGAAGAUUCUGUUAAUGAAGUGGCAGUAGAAGACAUCCGUCCCAGGCCACAAGGAUCCUCUCCAGUUUAUGAAUAUUCCAUAGAAGAAGAAUAUUUAAAGCUACAGGAAGAAAACAAAAAAUAUUCUACAGACAAAUCAAAACAGAGUCAUCCACAGGAGACAAUGGAAGUGACCCUGAAAACAGAAGUGGAAGCUGGUGCUAGUGGUUUUAGUGUGGCGGGUGGAGGAAAUGAAGGAAUAUUUAUUAAAAAAGUACUUAAGGAAUCUCCUGCUUCAAAAAUAUUUAGUCUGAGAGAAGGUGAUCAGCUUCUAAGUGCUACCAUAUUUUUCGAUAAUAUUAAAUAUGAAGAUGCACUCAAGAUUCUCCAGUAUUCUGAGCCAUACAGAGUCCAAUUCAGCCUCAAAAGAAAAAUUGCUGGGAAAGAAGAACUAGAAUACAUUCAGUCUGCAGCCCAGUACAAAAAGGAAAGAUUGAGUCAGCAAAAAGAGCUCAGUGAGAGCAUUCCUGAAGAAACACUGCAUGUUUCAGGAAAAGCCAUUUCAGAAGAAGACAGGGAGACAUUAAUUGUAAGCCAGAGGGUAGGAAGAAGCAAGAGACCCAAAAAAGACAGAUUAUCGUGGCCAAAAUUCCAGUCAAUCAAAAAUAAAAAGAUACUGGGGCACAGAAGAUCUCAUAGUACAUCAGAUGCAUAUGAGCCUGCUGUACAGGAUAUUUCCCCUACAAGCACAGACACAGAGUCUCAAUUUCAACAAGAAGUCCCUAUCAAACAAAAAAAAGGAAGCCAAAAGAAACUGAAGUUCCCUAGCAUUGGAUUCAAAAUGCACAGAUCCAAACCAGAAACACAAGACAAGCAAAAAAAAGAAAUAAAAACUACGCUGUUAUCUGAAAAAGAAAAAAUACAUAAAGAAGAUACCAGCUUGGAAAAUCCCGAAAUACUAACUGUUGAAUAUACCACAUCUCCUGCUUAUGAAAUUAAAACAGAGGAGCUACAUGAAACUUUACGAAAAGACUUAAAAGAUAUGAAAAAUGGCAUUCCAUCUCAGGCAAAAAAAAGCCCUGAAGCUGAAAUAAGCGUUAAAAAAGAAAAAGACAAGGAAUCAACAUCAAAAUUUACUAUACCUGAAGCACCAGCUGUAACAACACAGAUAUCAAAGCCCAGUUUAGAAACACCUGAUCUGAAAGAAAGCCCAAAUAAACAAACACCACAACCCUCAUCAAAGUCCCGAAAAAAGAAACAGAAAGGAAAAGCAGAUAAAACAGAAGGAGAAAGUGGAAUUAACAUAGACAUGAUGGGUCACAAAGCACAAGGAUCUAUACAAGUAAAAGGUCUACAAAUAGGCAUUGCUAAAGCAGAAUUACACACAAAAUCUGACACAGUGGAAACAGGAGAAAAACAAGCAGAAGACGACACACAAAUACUAACGAUUCAGAAAACAAAAUCUGGGAUUUCAAUGUCCGAAAGAAAAGAGCCACAGACUGAAACAACAAAACUGGGAAGUGAUGUUCCACAUUCAGUGCCUGAAAAAACUGCUGAAAUAUGUUCAGAGGAUGGCAGGAAUUUAGAUCUGAAACCUCAUAUGCCUGAUGCAGAAUCAGAAGCAUCUACAUGGAAAAUACAAAUGCCAACAUUCAAAAUUAUGAAAACACCUAAGGCAGACCAGAAAAUAUCAACAGAAGAAAGCACAGUUGAAGCAGUAGAUACUGUAAAAAAGGAACAGACAGAAGAAGACAGCAUGCCCACGAGUAAUAAAAUGUUGAAGAUGGACACUGGCACGAAGACAGGAGAAAAGGAUAUAGAAGGAAAAGAAAGCAAAUUCAGACUCCCGAAGUUGAAAUUACCUACAUUUACAUGGGCAACUACAAAGGAUGAGACAGGGCAAACUGAAACCCAAGUAAAUGACAGGGAAGAAAAAGUGCCAUCAGUGGAAGAUGAUGCAAAAACAGACAUAAGUGUAUCAAAGGAAGGAAUGAAGAUUCCAAAUGCUGAAAUUGAAAUCGGGAUCUCCAAAGAAAAUACCAAGGCGGAAGG